AUGGAUGGAAAAGUUUGUUUAACCACUAAUAUAAAUAAUUAUAUUCAUGAUGCCAAAUCUGCCUAUGAAGCGAGUAUACGAUUAGCACAUUUAGGUAAAUCAAAUUAUCCACCUAUUAGAACAUUUCAAAAUAAGAUAACUAGUACAAAUAAUGUAUAUGAUGAUUUUAAAAUUGCUCAAAAAAUUCCGAAAUCAACACAUUUAACAAUUCGUGAUUUAACAUGGGAACAAAAGGAACGUGUCCUUUCUAUUUUAUUUGAAAAAAUGAAUCAUUCCAAAAUGAAAUCUAAUCAUAAAACUAAUUAUAAUAAAACACCAAUGAAUCAUUUAAAUAAUCAAUUUAAUAAAGAAUUAAUAAUACAAAUGAAUAAUUGUAACAAUGGAACUAAUCAACAGGUUGAAUUGAAUGAAAUCGAUUCCAAGUCAAUUCUAUUGACAAUCGAUAAUGAUGAUGAUGAUGAUGCUGAUGCUGCUGAUGAUGAACAUGAUCAAGGUAAAAUAAAAGAUCAAGUUAAUAAUAAAGUAAAAGAGAAUGAUCAAAAUCAAUCUAAAGAAUUAACAAGAAAACUUUAUGAAAAAGUCAUUCAAUACAAAGAUCAUGUAAUCGAUGAAACGAAUUCAGUUAAACAAUCAGAUCUCCAAUAUACAUCAGGCAAUGAUUAUGAAACUAUUCAAAGAAAUAUUAAUUCUACAAUGAAUUGUCAAAUAAAUCAAACUAAAGUACCAUAUCCAUCACCUCAAUAGAAUAAAAGAGAAUAUGUAUUGGUUAAUGAUAAUGUGAGAAAGUCAUCUUUAGUGAUUUAAAGAAAAGACAAUUCAAUAUUAUGUACUAUUUCGACAGAUUACAUUCAUACAAAAUGAUAUUCGUUUUUUUUUCUUUUUUAUAGGAGUUUUGUUCUUUGAGCUGGAUGAUUUGGUUGUAGAGCUUUCAUCAUUCUGCUGAACGACAUCAUCAGCAUAAAUUUCAGGUAGAAGUAAAUUUGUAAAUAUUUUGAUAAAAGAAGAAGGUUAAAUUUAUAUUAUGAGGAGUUGAGCUAGUGUUGUGAGUUUGGUUUAUAACCCUAUAGGGCUUUAGUCACCAACAUCCAAUAAUUAUAAUGUAACGAUGAUUUCCCAUCCAUCCUUUGCUUUACAAACUUAAAGACUGAGGAUUGAGAUUUAGAGUCAGGAGUUACAUCGAGAUGUUGUUGCAAUUACGAAGGCAUCG